GCAUUAAAUGAUGGGAUAAUAUGUGGAAGUCUACUGUGCUAUUUUGCUUUGACAAACCAAUAAUAUGCUGUAGAUUUGUCAAAAUCUGAAUAUACCUCCAGACUGCACCUCCGUUUAUGGAACAAAGAGAGGCCUGGGGUGUGUCUGCAAACCACUUUUCGCUUUACGUUUGACCCUCGGAGUCGAUUUGUCCUUUCUGUUCUUGGACAUGGAUGACUUUGUUCGUAACAAAUUGAGAGAAUGGGGCCUGAGCAAGUGGGUAGAGAGAUUUAAAGAUGGAGAGGUUGACGAGGAAUGUUUUCUCUUGCUUGAUGAUCAAGAACUUGUUCGAUUGAUCCCAAAAGAGGGACCAAGGGCAAAACUCAAGCAUAAACUCAAGUUGUUAAAGGAAGAACAAAACAUAACAACAACAACAACAACAACAACAAAUCAUGAAACUGUUGAUGCAGCUAAUCAACACCGUACACAAGAGCAUGACGAAACAGCUGAUUCUGCUGAGGUUUUGCCAUCCACCAGUGACGCAAAUGAUACAGCAAAGAGAAAGUUGGGUCCUCAAGGAGAGUGUCAGUCACCAGCUAGUAAAAUUCGACGUGACACCAAACUAGGACCAUACUCAGAGGAAAUCAUACUAUCUGAUGUGAAAAACAUAAUGGGAUAUGUCAAGAUGAAACUACAAAAUAUGGAUGACACAAAGCUCAAAGCUUUCCUGAAGACUAAAAUCGAUUCUUUGGAGACAAAAAAGAGGGAGCUGGUUGGUGUCUUUGGUAGAACUGGGGCUGGAAAGAGCUCUUUGAUAAAUGCCAUCAUUGGAGAGAAGAAUUUCUUUCCUUCUGGAAGUGUCAGUGCAUGUACCUCAGUCAUGAUCCAAGUGGAGGCUAAUACCAAUAACUCAAAGUAUGAGGCAGACAUCGAGUUCAUUACAGCUGAGGAGUGGAAAGAUGAGUUGUGGUUUUUGAAGAGUUUUGAUGAUGGUCGUGAUCGGCAUGACGAUGAUGUUGAAGAGUUGUCAGUACUAUAUGGAGAUGAGUGGAAACACAAAUCCAUUGAAAACCUCAUGGACAAGAAAUAUUUCAAAGAAAUUCCAGAAUUUCUCCAUUCGAACAAGAAGAUGUUGAAAUGUGACACAGCUGCAGAGCUAGCUGCAAAAAUUGUCAAAUACACAAGAAGUGACUCAAAAGUGGAGGAAGGUAGAGGAAUGAGGAGACAGUACUGGUGGCCAUUAGUGAAGUGUGUGACUGUCAGGGUGCCGGGAAAUUCUCUUCUCCGGCAUGUCACACUUGUGGACCUUCCAGGAAACGGGGACUGUAACAAGAGCAGAGAUAAAAAGUGGAAAGAGAUUGUUGGAAGUUGUUCUACUGUUUGGAUUGUGGCUGACAUCAAUCGAGCAGCAUCAGAGAAGGAACCCUGGGAGAUCCUGGAAAAUGCCAGUGGCCAAAUGGGAAAUGGUGGCGAGUGUCAGCGCAUCCACUUUAUCUGCACCAAGUCUGAUCAAAUUGAUGAUUCCAAUGUUCAGUCUGCAGAUGAUGUUCGUGAGAUCGUGCUCAAAAGAAACAGAGAAGCCAAGAACAAAGUGAAGGCAAAAUUCCAUAAACAAAGCAACAUUAAGAAACACUUCAGUGAUGACUGUUUUGUCGUGUACACGGUGAGCUCCAAAGAGUUUCUGAAAGAAAAGAAAAAAAAUCUGAGCCCAGAUGAGACAGAAAUUCCCAAACUUCAAGGUUUUCUGCAAAAUCUCAAUGACUCUCACUCAGAGACAUUAAACUAUGUGUCUGGAGCUCAUGGCAUUCUCUCACUGAUUCAAGGAGCAAUAUCCAGGGCAGUGGCUGAAAAAAAAAUGGAGGUGUGUGCAAACCUUGAAGAAAACAUGAGACGGGAACUUGAUAAAGUCAGAAAAACCAUGGAAGAGACUCACUUGGCUUUUGAAAAAUGCCUUGUUGGCGGGGUUGAAAAAUCAAAAGGUUCAUGUGAAGAAAAGUUGAAGGUCAUCUUAAACCCCACAAGGAAAACAGGUAGCAGUUAUCACAGGAUAUUGAAGUAUGCAGUUGGGAACAACGGCGCCUUCCAUCCAAAGAAUGGGAGACAAAAAAACAUCAACGUGGAUUUAAGUUCAUUCCUGACUAGCAGCAUUGAUGAGGAAUUCAGGACAACCUUCCCAAAUGAAGCUGAAUCUGGACCAUACCAUGGUGUCAUCAAUGCCUUUUCACUUGACACAAGGAGUCUGACUCAAAAGUACAAAGAUGUUGAACUGCAACUGACUUUCCUUGAGACAGAGGAAAACAAAAUCAAGACAGAACUCAACAAAAUCAUCCGGGAGCGCAAAAAACAAAUCUACAGGGUUCUGACAGAGACAAUCGAGAAGGACAUGCAAGAGAGCUAUGAAAGAGCAAAAAUGGAAAAAGGGACGGGCUCACUGGAAAAUAUGAGGCGCAUCAUAAGGAACCAUGUGCUUGAAAAAAAGAGCAUCAUGUUCGACAAGGCUAAAGAAAACAUGUUGAAUGGACUGUACAAGUUGAAGAAGGACAUUCUGAAAGCACUGGAUGUAACCCUGAAGGAAUCAAUUGAGCUGUCACUCAAGACGGACGAUAACUCCCUCCCAGACGUUUCAGCAGAGCUUGCCAUCGUGAGGAAAUAUUACUUUCAGAUGAAGCCAGGGUCGGACUUGCCAUCUGUGUGAUCCGGAGAAUCACCGGACGGCCGGUAGUCCAGGGCAGCUGACAGCCGGGAUGCAUAAUGUUUAUAUCUCUUUUUUUUUCUUUUUUUUUUACAAUGAGCGGUAGUCAAUAUUGGCUGAUGGCCGGCAUGCAGUCAUUUAUUUUAUUUUUUUAGAAUGCCGGCCUACGGCCAGCAGGCGUGAAUAUUUUUUCUUUUUUAAUUCAUACAUCAUCAUGUAAGACAGUUGCCAGUGCAACAGCGCUAAUGCAAACGUUUGAUACUUACUCGCAAAGUAAACACCCAUGAAGAAGAAUAAAAACCAGCAGACUAGGGAAUAGACAAUGUGCCAAGCAGUGUGACAAGUGUGUGACAAACAGAUUUCUUGCAAUAUUAGUAAAAUGUAUCCAGCAGUGGAGAGUACAUUUACAUUACAUUACAUUCGGUACAUUCAGAGUAGCCUCUAUGCUGCCUUUAUAUGAAUGUAUGAAUUUAUCUUUAUUUCUUUGAGGAUCACAAAACAUAUGUAUGAUGGGGGUAUUUAAAUGAAAAUCAUAAUACAGACAGAAUUAUGGUCUUAGAAAUAUGAGGAAAAAUCAUCUGAUACAUUGCAAUAUCCUCAGGAAAUAAUCUCUUCCAGGAACUACAGCACACAAUUGUUUACAACAGCAUAAAGUUCUUAAUAGAUGCAGCCUCCUCAAUUGCUGUCAAACUUCACCAGAUCGAUGGAUUUAACUAUGAAAUGUACAAUUUUUGUAGUGAGCCAUAGGAGCUGAGGUUAAAAUGUGAAACUGACAGGGAGCACCUCACUGACAGGAAGCAACAAGAACAUCUAUAACACAGGAUAUACAACAAAAACACACAUAAUUCAUGCAGUUUGUGUAUUCUGGGAUGAUAGAGGAGAGAGAGAGUGGAUACAUAAAAUAAAGUAACAGAAGAAUCAUGGUUAUUUCUCCAAGAUCUCCCUCAGUUUUCAACCAACGAACAAGGGAAGGAGUAUUUGAGCUGCGUUUUAUCGCAAAAAUAAAUCUACAGUCAGAAUAAGAGGAAUGAGAUGAGACCCAUGGAGAACAACUGCCAUCACAAAGACUGUGAAAUACAAUUGGAACUUGGGAGUCUUUUGUUCACUCUGCUGAAAUAGAAUAGGCACCUUGGAUGGACUUCAGAACCUUGGACGGGGUUGUGAGUUUGUUCGAGGUUUUUGUCUCGUGGUCAUCGGUCCUGACCUUCUCCCUGUCCCUAAAUACCAUCAGUUAUCACUUCAGCCUCAGCUCUAUAUGAUAGUAUUGUUAGGACCAUUUUACUGAUCUAUAGCAUUUUAACCAUUUCUAUAACCUUUUGUAUUUUACCUGAUUGAGCAGUUUGCUUGUCCCUGCUAAAGCUUUUAAUAAAUAUAUCAAUUGCAAUUAAAA